AUGACAACGAUCCUGCGAGGUUCUGACCCUGACAUUCUGACUCUCUAUUCCACUCACCCUCUAGAGCCCGGUACUGUCGAGACUCUGAAGUCGGACUUUGCGCUUGCUGCCCACGAUCGCCACGAUCCAUUGGUCAAAUUGCGUGUCUCAGAUCGUACGGACUUCUACGGAUGCACUCCGGAAGAGAUACGACGUAGGCUGGAGAAGGAAGCCGAGGAGGAAGGUAAAAGCGCGAACGACGUGCCCUCGUUCCUGGUGGCGGACGCGCAGACUAACGACGACAAGAGCGUGAUCUAUGCUGGAGAUUGGACGCAGCGCGAGGGUUUCUCGGAAGGGGCCUUGGUGGAACAGCCCAACUGGCCGAAAGAGGGCAAACUCCCCUUCUUGGAAAAGUUGCGCGUAUACAUGCAUUAUGCACCCGUUCUCCACGUGAAUCUGUCCAUUGUGAACUACACCAUUCCGGAGUUAUGGGAAUACCCGUAUGAUCCCACUAAGCCGAUGACCCCACCGAUCGACGGUGGGGCGGACUGGAGGACGCAGCCUCCGCCUCCUGCAUACGUUGUUGCGUCUCCAAAGUCCUUUGUGGUUUCUGAUGAUCCCGAGAACACUGCCGAUUUCAUGCCGAGGCCCGACAGGGUAUACAAAUUGACCGACGAUGCAGCCGAGCGACUUGGCCUAACCUCUCGCUGGACGGUGGGAUGGCACGAUGCCAGGGACCCCCAGGGACACAUGCGAUUUGCUCAAGGAUGGAAGACGAAUUAA